AUGUCUAAUAGUACAAAUGCACAGGAAUCUGAGAAUACAAUAUGUGAUGUAUUAAGAUCUGCAAGAUAUGUUUUGUCUAUAGAUGCUUUUGCAAAUACAUCAACACUAACCUUUCUUCAGACUUAUCGUGGUAAAAAUAUUUGCACAGUUGAUAAUAAGUAUCAGCCUUGUAUAGCCUACACAAACACAGUAGAGGCAAAAAUAUUAUUUGAGGUUACGAGACACUUUGAUAUAAUUAUAGCUAUUACAAAUAUCAUCACUCCAGUUCAUAUUAAGGCUCUUGCACAAAUGCUUUAUCGAAUUCGCUGUGAAAAUAUUAGAGCAGAAUUUGAAACUGUAAUAACAUUCAUUGAAGUUAAGCAUCAGAAACAUCUUUCCGUAAGAUAUUUUAUUGAAAAGCUUUGUAGUCUUAUAGCCAAUACUGAUACUUCUCUCCAACUAAUAAAAAUGGAUGAGAAAAUGGAUUUUAAUACAAUUGCUGCUUCCCAGAAUCUUAGCCCUGAAGAAGUUGAAAUUCUUAAGUUUGAUCAGAAGCGUUCCAUAGCAGAUACUAUGGCACUUAAACAUUUCUAUUUGCGAAAUCUUUAUGGUG